GUCAUUUGGGAAUUUACUUCGCCACUGGAGGGCAACAUACGCUGAACUCUUAUCGUUGCUGUGGAAACGAAACAUGCGAAAGAAAGUUUGUCCAUCUUAGCCCAAUGAGCGUGCGAAAUCUUUUAAAACUAACAACACCAAACAGACAGUAAGGAUGAACUUGAAUUUGGACGAUUACAUUCGGACCAUUUUCGAGGAGCAACUUUCGUUAAACGAAGCAGAGCAGCAAAAUGAUUCAACAUCGGUGGCAACGAUGCUUUUGGAAAAGCGCCAGGAGGAAAAGCGUGUAGACAGAGAUCUGAACGCUCAGAAAGAGGAGCUUGAAAAACAGCGGGAGGGAUUCAGACGGAGGAAAGAAGACAUGAUGAAAGAGGAGGAAAAACUAAAGGCAUACGUCCUGAGUUAUGACCCAUUUCUAAAAGAAAAUUAUUCCAAACAGACUCUUGCCUUGAGGAAAGCAGAAGCAGAGAAAGCUCAAAUUAGACUCAAAAUACAUACAAAUAAAGAGCUUCAGAUCGAGCUUGAAGCCCUGCAUGCCCGAGAAAUGCUACUAGAGGCUCGUGUCAAGAAAGCUAGUAUCAUUCAGCGCUUCCUGGAAAGUGCUGUAAAGAUGUCUGUGAAGUUCGAAAGCAUUGGUCAACUUAUAGCCCAUUGUCAGCUGAUCCUGUCUAUCCGUGAGCAGCUAGUGAACAAACAGACUGCAGCAGAGAAAGAAAGAGAACGCAUCGGGCUGGAACUGAGACGACGCAAAAAUGAACAGAGUGUUAUUUCCCUGGACUGCAGUAUCAAACUGGCCCAGCAGCAGACACGGCUAGAUAACAUACGUGCGCAGGCACACAGAUUGGAAGACAUUAUGAAGCGCAUCCAGUCUACGGCUGCAAAAGAGACACUUCUUUUGGGUCAGAUAAGGGUCACAAUCCUUAAUCUCUAUUACAUGAUUAGCAAAGGUCCUGUGGAUGUUGAGAACAGCUUUGCGCAGUUGGAAAAGAUUCACAACUAUUUCCUGGUUCGGACUGGGGCAGAUAAAAUGAAAGGCCAUUCCAUAACAUGAAACGAGAUGUUUUGUGUAUCCACAAAAAAUAUCCAGAUAUGACUAAAUGCAUUUCAUCAGCAUCUUGCAACCUUU